UAAUAUCAUUUGGUGUCAGAUUUGGAAAACAAUACCUGUUUCCACCCCUGUUUCCAUCUUAGAGAUUGCUGAAAAUAAAGCCGGCAUGGUCUCCUUGGUGGCCCGAAGUGGGCAAGGGGUCACACUGUUGUGAAACGUUGUGCAGAUGGGGGUGGCAGGUUGUGGCACCAGGGCCUCUGGGGCACUUCCAGUGAAAGUGGACAGAUUCAAACUUGGUGGAAGGGCUGGGGAGGCCCCUGUCUAGUGGACAGGCCCAGAGAUUGUCCCCUCCGGGGAGUGAGGCCCUGGACCUGUGCUGGCCUCACAGGAAAGCGAGUGCAGAGACUCGGGGAGAAGAGGGCCCCUGGUGGCCUCACCGCCAGGCCCAGGACAGACUGGGAAGCUGGAUGCAAGGAGGUCAGACAUGGGCCAGGUGCGGUACAGACCUUGCCACUGCCCUCGCUAAAGAGUGCUGAGUGGCAUCUCAGCCUUUCCAGUCCCUCACUUCCUGUGUGGCGCUGUCUAGGUGUUGACCCCGACCAAAGGAAGGCUUGCCACUGAGGUGGGGUCGGCACUGAGAGGACAUCUGUGCUGUCGUGACUCUGGUGUGUACGCCUGAGCCCACUUUUCCUACCUGGGUGUCUCAAGAGGUGGAGAUGUGUGUCCCUGGCCUCAUGUCUUACAAAACCGGAGGCCUUGCUCAAUGUUGUGUGGGGCUUCCUGGUGGCACGGCAGCUGGGGUGGGGUGGGGCCGCAAACCGAGAGAGCUGGGAGCUGGGUCUGGGCCUUGCCCCAGCCGUGCUGUGGCCCUUCCUCUACCUCUGUGUCACCCGGAGGACCAGGCAGGGAUGUGAGAGUCUGCUUAUGUGUCCCCGACCUCAGCAGUAGGUGCCACCGCCUGCAAGAUUCUUUGUUCAGCUCUGACAGUGGCUUUAGCAACUAUCGUGGGAUCCUGAAUUGGUGUGUGGUGAUGCUGAUCUUGAGCAAUGCACGGUUAUUUUUAGAAAACCUCAUCAAGUAUGGCAUCUUGGUGGACCCCAUCCAGGUGGUGUCUCUGUUCCUGAAGGACCCCUACAGCUGGCCUGCCCUGUGCCUAGUUAUUGUGGCCAAUGUCUUUGCUGUGGCUGCAUUCCAGGUGGAGAAGCGCCUGGCAGUGGGUGCCUUGACGGAACAGGCAGGGUUGCUGCUGCACGUGGUCAACCUGGCCACCAUUCUCUGCUUCCCGGCUGCUGUGGCCUUGCUGCUUGAGUCCAUCACUCCAGUGGGCUCCGUGCUGGCUCUGAUGGUGUACACCAUCCUCUUCCUCAAGCUCGUCUCCUACCGGGACGUCAACCUGUGGUGCCGAGAGCGAAAAGCCAAGGCCAAAGCCAAGUCUGCUUCUGCAGGUAAGAAGGCCAACGGGGGAGCGGCCCCGUGCACCGUGAGCUACCCAGACAACCUGAACUACCGUGAUCUGUACUACUUCCUCUUUGCUCCUACUCUGUGCUACGAGCUCAACUUUCCCCGUUCUCCCCGCAUCCGGAAGCGCUUCCUGCUGCGGCGGCUCCUUGAGAUGCUGUUCUUGACUCAGCUGCAGGUGGGGCUGAUCCAGCAGUGGAUGGUCCCCACCAUCCAGAACUCCAUGAAGCCUUUCAGGGAUAUGGAUUAUUCACGCAUCGUUGAGCGCCUGCUGAAGCUGGCGGUCCCCAACCACCUCAUCUGGCUCAUCUUCUUCUACUGGUUCUUCCACUCGUGCAUGAACGCCGUGGCUGAGCUCAUGCAGUUUGGAGACCGGGAGUUCUACCGGGACUGGUGGAACUCUGAGUCCGUCACUUACUUCUGGCAGAACUGGAACAUCCCUGUGCACAAGUGGUGCCUCAGGCACUUCUACAAGCCCAUGCUUCGACGGGGCAGCAGCAAGUGGGUAGCCAGGAUGGGGGUGUUCUUUGCCUCGGCCUUCUUCCAUGAGUACCUGGUGAGCAUCCCCCUGCACAUGUUCCGCCUCUGGGCCUUCACAGGCAUGAUGGCUCAGAUACCCCUGGCAUGGAUAGUGAGCCGCUUCUUCCAGGGAAACUACGGCAACGCAGCUGUGUGGCUGACGCUCAUCAUUGGGCAGCCAGUGGCCGUGCUCAUGUACGUCCACGACUACUACGUGCUCAACUACGAGGCCCCGGUGGUCGGGGCCUGAGCUGCUCCACAGCAGGUCCUCGCUGCCGAUAGCCAGGGCCCGUCGCCCACCUGCGUGCUAGGGAGGGGGCUCGGCUGUCCACUGCCUCCUCCCAGCCACACCCCCUCCCCCGGAAGGCCUCUCUGCCCUCAUGGGGCUCCUUCCUGCCCUGCUCAGGGAUGGCAGACCAGGCACAGGCCAGCGCUGGUGGAAAGUGCCAGUGCCCCAGGAAUCCGUGUGAUCCUGCCCAGGGGUCCGAGGAACUCAAUAAAGUACUGUCCAGAGUGGCUGCCCUCAA